CGCGCCGUCGUCGUGUUUUUGCACGGCAUCGGCGAACACGCCACGCGCUACUCGAACCUGUUUAAACGACUCACGAGCGCCGGUCUGCGCGUCGUGACGUACGAUUGCGUCGGACACGGCGCGUCCGAGGGCUUGCCCGGAUACUUCGAACAGUUCGAGGACGUCGUGGAGGACGCGCGCGGGUUUUGUGAGAUGACGCGGGCGCGGCGAGCGGGACGCGAACCGCUGGUGCUGUGCGGACAGUCGUUCGGGGGACUCGUCGCGGCGACGGUCGCGGCGAACGACGCUCGAGCGAACGCGCGGUUGAUCGAUGGUUUAGUGCUCACGGCGGCGAGCAUCGACGUGAAGUGGAACGCGGUGCUGAGGGCGCAGGCGGCGAUGGGGGCGCUGUUGGCGAGAGGGGCGCCGCGCGCGCGUUUGGUGCCGGCGGUGCGGUUGGAAGACAUGUCGAACGAUGCGGCGACUUUAGAGUCGUACGCCACGGAUCCGUACGUGCAGUUAGGACCGGUGCGUUGUCGCACGGCGUAUGAGAUCCUGCGCGGGUUCAAGGCGCUCAGAGCGAGAUACGGAGAGUUGAGGUGUCCGCUCUUGGCGCUGCACGGCGCCGAGGACGCGUGCGCGGAUAAAACCGCGAGCGAGCGCCUCGUGUGCGAGGCAUCGAGCGCGGUGAAGCAAUACGUAGAGUUACCGGGGAUGCACCACUUGAUUCUUCAGGAACCGGGAAGCGGGACGGUGCUGAAUCGAAUAGUAGAGUUUGUC